ACGUCGUCGUCGUCGUCGGUGCGUGCGUGCGCGCGUGCGUGCGUCCCGCCUUGGGCCGGAUCGGCCCGGGAGCCCGGCAGUCCGGCGGGGAUGGCGGCGCCCGUCACGCGGCAGGUCCGCGCAGGCGCCGUGCCCGGCCCGGUCCCGACCGGCCCGGAGGGGCUGACCCUGGCGGCGGGCGUGGCCGAGCUUCCCGUGCUGGACGCGCGCGGGCGGCGGGUGCAGUUCGGGGCGCUGUUCCGGGAGCGCCGCGCCGUGGUGGUGUUUGUGCGGCAUUUCCUCUGCUACGUCUGCAAGGAGUACGUGGAAGACCUGGCCAAGAUCCCCAAGAGCUUCUUAGAGGAAGCAAAUGUCACCCUUAUAGUGAUUGGACAAUCAUCUUACCAUCAUAUUGAGCCAUUCUGCAAACUGACUGGAUAUUCCCAUGAAAUCUAUGUGGAUCCUGAGAGAGAAAUUUAUAAAAGAUUGGGAAUGAAAAGAGGUGAAGAAAUUUCCUUGUCAGGACAGAGUCCCCACGUCAAGUCAAACCUCCUCGCGGGAAGCCUGCGGAGCCUGUGGCGGGCAGUGACGGGCCCUCUCUUUGAUUUCCAAGGAGACCCAGCUCAGCAAGGCGGAACCCUCAUUUUGGGUCCAGAUCGCCUUUGUUUUGCCAUUCUCUACAGCAGACCAAAGAGUGCAUCAAAUGAACAUUAUUUCAGCAUAGAUAAUGAACUUGAAUAUGAGAACUUCUACGCAGAUUUUGGACCACUCAAUCUGGCAAUGGUUUACAGAUACUGUUGCAAGAUAAAUAAGAAACUAAAGUCCAUUACAAUGAUGAGGAAGAAAAUUAUUCAUUUCACUGGCUGUGAUCAAAGAAAACAAGCUAAUGCUGCUUUCCUUAUUGGCUGCUAUAUGGUUAUAUAUUUGGGGAGAACUCCAGAAGAAGCAUAUGGAGUAUUAAUCUUUGGAGAUACAUCCUAUAUUCCUUUCAGAGAUGCUGCCUAUGGAAGUUGCAGCUUCUACAUUACACUUCUUGACUGUUUCCAUGCCGUAAAGAAGGCAAUGCAGUAUGGCUUCUUUAAUUUCAACACAUUUAACCUUGAUGAAUAUGAACACUACGAAAAAGCAGAAAAUGGAGAUUUAAAUUGGAUAAUACCAGACCAGUUUCUUGCCUUCUGUGGACCCCAUUCAAGAUCCAGACUUGAAAGUGGUUACCACCAACAUUCUCCGGAGACUUAUAUUCCAUAUUUUAAGAGUAACAAUGUUACUACCAUUAUUCGUCUGAAUAAAAGGAUGUAUGAUGCUAAGCGCUUUACAGAUGCUGGUUUCGAUCACCAUGAUCUUUUCUUUGCGGAUGGUAGUGCCCCAACAGAAUCCAUUGUCAAAGAGUUCCUGGAUAUUUGUGAGAAUGCUGAAGGUGCCAUUGCAGUACAUUGUAAAGCUGGCCUUGGUCGGACUGGCACCCUGAUUGCCUGCUACAUCAUGAAGCACUACCGGAUGACGGCAGCCGAGAGCAUCGCCUGGGUCAGGAUCUGUAGGCCCGGCUCAGUGAUUGGGCCUCAGCAGCAGUUCCUGGUCAUGAAACAAGCGAGCCUCUGGCUGGAAGGUGACUAUUUUCGUCAAAAGCUAAGGGGGCAGGAGAACGGACCCCACAGAACCGCCUUCUCCAGACUCCUCUCAGGUGUUGAUGACAUUUCAAUAAAUGGGGUCGAAAAUGAAGACAGGCAGGAAUCCGAACCGUUCAGUGAUGACGACGAAGUCACUGGAGUCACGCAAGGUGAUAGACUUCGAGCCCUGAAAAGCAGAAGACAAUCAAAAACACACGCUAUCCCCCUCGCAGUAAUUCUUCAGUCCAGUGUUCAGAGCUGUAAAACAUCUGAACCUAACCUUUCUGGCAGUGCAGGCAUUACUAAAAGAACCACCAGAUCUGCUUCGAGGAAAAGCAGUUUUAAAAGCCUGGUUCCUCAGCGGGAAAGAAGGAAAAGGAGUGCUUUGCAGCAGAUGUCCUUGGUGGCAUUAUGUCCCUCCAUUUCAAGGACCAAAACAGUUUUGCGUUAAGUAAAAAGCCGUGACCUGAACUGAAGAAAUUCUAGGAACGGAAAACUGACAGGACUUAGCAGGUUAUUUAAAAGCAAAACAGAAAUUGCAAAAGCCUUAGUUGCUUCCACCUAAGAAAUGUAUUCACUGAAGAAGACAUCUGACAGAGUCUCGGUAACUCCCUGCGUCUGGGUGUGAAAGGAGACUUGAAGGCCCCAACUUGCCAUUUUUGCAGAGUCGUCUCAAGCUGAAUGAGGAAAUGAUGUUGUAAUGUAGUCUCAGGUGUAAAUACCACGGCCCUCUGCCAUCUGGAGAGCUGGUGUUUGGUGGCCCUUGUGUGUCCCCACGGUGGCAGUUGUGCUUGCUGCUGGCCUUCAGAAGAGCCAAGGAUCUGAUGGAGGUUUCCUGUGUAUUUAUUUUCUGUUCAUCCCGUGACCCUGUGUGGAGAUUUGUAAAGAUAAAGCAAGCUUUGCCGCAGUGAUACUUCCUGUCAUUGGAAGCUGUUCGGUUUCAUCUCCUUUUUGCUCUUUGCCAUACUUUUGUCAUGUUUACUCUGUGAAGUACCCAAGCUGCUUGUCUUCUACCAAAGAGUGCUUUAUGAACAUGAAUCUGUGAAGACCCCGCGGAAACAUUGCUGCAUGCUGUCACACCAAAUGGUACCGUGCUCACCUCAGACUUGCCAGAGAAUAUUCAUGGAAGCUUUAGAAGACGCCAGGGGAGAAACUGGUUUCAGAGUUGAAGAUUCUUGCCAAGUCCUUCCUUUCUCGUCACUUAGGGACUACAGCAUAGCGAGACCGAUUAUUGGGUGGCCGGUCACACAAUCAAGUCAGAUUUCCUUCCAUGCAUAUGGGGGAGGCGCCCACUGUUGGUUUUUACCCUUCAAAACUGCAGUCCCGAGUAAUGGUGGCUUUAAAAACAAAAUUGUUAACACUUGUUUCAGAAUCCUGCUCUGUAACACUGUGGAUUUUUGUUUUUCUUUUAUGAUCAGUCUAGGGCCAUUCAUAUGCUCUGAUUUCAGUAACAAUUACUUGCUUUUGGAUUUUGGUUUGUCCUAAGAGAACUCACCGUUGCCUUUGGUUAGGGAAUCCAACUAGUAACUCUGUAGUGUGCCUUCUCCCCUCCCCCCUCCUGAAGCACAGCAGGGCUGUGACAUAAGCAAUCACAAAAUAGUUUUAUCUGCUGCUCAAAACAAAAACCAGGGCCCAUAAUUAAAGACUGUUUUGCAGGUCCCUUGCUCCUGCUGUCCGGAGCCAUCCUGGGCAGGCACAUCCCACUUAUCAGGAGCCAGGUCUGGCUUGUACUUGUCGGGACUGGAGCGUGACAGAGGGCAGGGCCAUCCUGAGGCCGGAUGAAUGUAUCGGGGGCUGGGGUCCCGCUGACCAGGCUACCCUUCUUGUAGUUGGAACAGACUAAAGUCUGUUUACCCAAAAAGGAAUUGGAAGACAGUGGUUCCCCACUUCAGUGUUGUGCCCUUGGGGUGAAGUGUGACACUGAGUGGCUCUGAGGGGGCAGCUCUUCGCCCAGCAGGCCUAGUGAGUGGGAUCACACCAGCAUUUAAACCCUGGGGGCUGAAUCCCAGGACAGUGGUUUUCUGUCCCUGGAAAUGAAUAGGCAUAAGAGCGGGGCAGGAGGAGGAGCAUUCCACUGUGCUGGGACACAAAAUGUUCGCACUGUGCCCGGAUAUAAAACCCUGAUUCUCAGGGCAUCCUUUAGAGGCCUGCUGCUCAUUCCUCAUGCAGGUGGGCACACAGACCACACUGCCCUGGGGGCCAUGCAUGGCUUAGCUUUCUCUUAGGGCAGAGCGAGGAAGUGUGGCCCGCCUCGUCUGCUCCCUCCUGGGGAGCAGGCCGCGUGGGGUCUUGGCCAGGAGUGAAACCUUUGGGCCUCACUGCUCCUCACAGUGCUUUUUUGUUUUAUAAAUUGCCUUCUUGUGUUGGCUGCUCAAGUUUCCAGCUGGAAUUGUUACCACUGGGGCUCUUGUUAACAAUCUCUGUAUCUGAGGAGUUCGUUGGAGUUAGUCACAGGAAACCUGUAGUUGGGGGAAGACCGGUCCCUGGCAUAGGCAGAGGAGCGGGGCAGCGCUGCGGACAGGUUGUACCACGACAGUUAAACUUCCUCAGCACACCCUGAGGACCCUGGAGUCUUGGGCUGACGGAUGGGAAGCCCUUCCUGCUGUAAGAGUGAACUCGCCGCCAGCCGAAACCACAGACCGCUCCACGAGCUGGGCAUCUGACUCAGUCCUGUUACACAUGACGCUGUUGCCAUGGGGUAGGAAGCAGUGCCUGUCAGAUGGCAAGCUUCCUUUGAUUUAAGAGCCUUAAAUAGCAUUGAAAGUCUACCCAAACCACUUCCAAUGGAAUUAAAGUUAGAAAUGAAUAUUUAUAGGUGCCCUUGAAGCUUUCUGGGGAUUCAGAUCGUCAAGGGUCACAGAGAGUCCGAGGGAGGUGUGUCCACCUGUGAAAUGGGGCCCCUGGAAGGACAGAGGGCCCUCUGUCACCCUGACCACACUGCAGGGGGAGGAGUGGCGGCAGGGAGCGGAGCCUCCUGCAGAGAUGGCCUUACCCGUCCCAAUGGCUGCAUCCCAGCCGCACGCUGCUCUGCACUGCCCUGCCCCGAGUUUCCCAGAUCCAAACUUCAUGCCCUCAACCCAGCAACCCCCACUCCCCACCCAUCCCAGGAAUGGUGUCUGCUCUUGGUUGGGUCCAGACGAGCCUUAGCAGUGUCCCCUAGAGGCCACCGUGCUUGACCCGGUCUGAGGUUGUCUUGUGCCUUGUGCCGGCCAUCCUGGGACCUCCCCUUUGCUUGAAUCUCCAAUCUUGACAAAGGACCGAUGCGCCCUGGGUGGUGGUCUGCCCUCCUUCAUAUUUUUUUAUAAUUCUUACUGCACUUCAGAAAGGAGUGCUCAUCAACAACCACCUUACACCAUCUUUUAUUUUUUGAAUACUUCUCUUCCACUGACAUGCCCUGGUGAGGUUAGUUGCUGCUCUUCCUUUUCUCCUAAAUCUGAGUAUUUUCCAUGUCGAUGAGCGGAAAUACUAUAGAUGUACUUAAAAGACUGGACGAUUCACCUAUACUGUGUAGGAAAUUACCUCCUUAACCACCCAGUGGAACUAACUGUCCGCAGACUUGUUCAUGGGAUUAGAGUACUGCAGUUUUAUAUUAAUACUUUGCAGACUUUUAUCUAAUGUGCACUCAUGUACAGAUUAUUAAGAGUUUUAAAAUAACUGAGUAAUUAGUAUUUGAUCAAUCAUUGUCUUGAUUUUUUUAUUAAAUUGUAUAUUUCUAAUCCCUUUUUAAAGCUGAGAGAACUGGUUGAAUGUUUAUUUUCAUGAAGGUAUUUUUAAGAUAAAGCUUCAUAAUGGCCUGUAAACUUUGCGUAUAUAUGUAGUUUGAUACAUACUGUCGCAUUUGAAAAUCUUGUGUAUUGUAACUGGUUUUAUACAAAAUACUGAAUAGUGGCAGUUGUGUGAUUACAAUCGUAAUUAAAAGUAUUAACUAAGCAGA